UAUUUGACUUACCUCUUAUCCUUAAGGAAUACAUAUGGAAGGGUGUUUGCUUUUUCUCAUAGGUUUGGAUGAAGGGGAAGAUAAAAAUUCUGUAUCGUGUAUGUACUCUAAUACCAGCAACUGCUGGGUACUAGAAAUACAGGGCAAAGUAAGACAGUACCUUCAUUUAGUUUCCAUUUUAGUGGGACAGACAAUAAGUAAACAAUAAUUGUAGCUUCUACAUUCUAUUAAGGAAAUAAACAUAGUAUAGUGGUAUAAAAAAAAACAAAAUAAGUUUAGGAUAGGGGAGUGUAUGAGACAGGGUGGUCAUAGAAGUCUCCUCUGAGGAGGUAUUAUUUAAGCUGACACAUGAAGGAUGAGGGGAACAGCUUGUGAAGAACUAGGGGUAAAGCAUUUCUGACAGAAUACCAAGUGCAAAGGUCCUGAGACAGGAGAAAGCUCGGCACACUCCAGGAGCUAACAGAAGGCCAGUGCAGGCCAAAAUGUAGCUUGCAGGGUGAAGAGUGGUUUGAGGCAAGGUUGGGGGUUGGUAGCUAUGAGAUCACCAAGCUCUGUAGUCCAUAGUAAAGAGUUGGAAUUAUAUAUUUCUGUAUAAAGGAAAACUGGAAAGGUCUAGCAGGGGAGUAAUAUGAUCUGAUUAACACUUUAAAACUGAUUUUGGCUACUGUGUGGAGAUUGAAUGCUGGUGGAGAGUGAAUUUAAGAAUAGAAGCUGGAAGAGACAAUUGUCCUGGAAAGAUGAUGGAGAUUUGGUCUAGAGCAGUGGUUCUCAACCUCAGCUGUGGUUGCCUGAGGAGCUUUUUGAUUGUUUUAUUCUUUUUUCUAUAUUUUGUUUUUUUUUUUUUUUUUUUUGGAAGAGACUGGGGUCUCAGUAUGUUGCCAAGUUUGUCUUGAACUCUAGAGCUUAAAAGGUUCUUCUGCCUCAACCUCUCAAAUAGCUGGGACUAUAGGUACCGUACCACCUUGUCUAACUAAAAAUCUUAAUGCCUAAGCUUCACCCCAGGCCAUUUAAAUCAGAAUUUCUUGAGGUUGGCCCAGGAAUAAGAUCUUUUAAAGUUUCAUAGGCAAUUCCAAUGUGCAGUCAAGACUGAAGAUUGUUGGUGUAGAGGUAUGGCAGGGGAGCUGCGUGGGGUAGAUUAACCUGAAAUAUAUUUUGCAGGUUCAACAGACAGGAGUUGCUAAUACAUUAAAUUUCAGUGGGAACUGGUGAGAAAAAGGACUCAGUUUUUUGGCUUUCAUAAAUGAAUUGAUCAUGUCAUUUACCAAGACAGGAAAGACUGAACAUUGAGAAAGAAAAUCAAGAGUUCUGUUUUGAAUAUGUUGAGUUUGAGAUGCCAGUAAGUCUUUCAAGUGGGGAAUGACUCCAUUCAAUUGGAGAAUCCAGCUAUGAUUGAGCCUGGAGCUCAGAGAAGAGAUCCCUGUUAGAGAUGAAAAUAUGUUCUCUGUUUUGGAGGGGAUAUCCUAAAUAUCACAGGGAACAUGCUCCUGGCACUCUGGAGAGUAGAACAAAAUCAACUGAGUGACAUCAUUACCUUGGUGGCAAAAUGCAGUCUGGAGAUACAGGAGAAAUUUGGGAUCUAUCACACCAGAGAAGGCCAGGACCUGCAGUUAAAGAUAGGUCUGUCUGCGGGUCGGAUUUCCCAGGUUAUUGUUGGAGAUGAGCGACAGCAAUACCUCUUGGUGAUUGGGCGGGAUGUAGAUGAUGUCCGGUUAGCUCAGCGUUUGGCUCAGGCAAAUGAGAUUGUCCUAUCCUGGAACUGCUGGAUGCUCUGCGAGCAGUAUAUGUUUGAAGUGGAAAUCAUGAGGGAGGAUGAAGCUGUGAAGUUAAGAGAUAUGCGGAUCAUUGACCCAUUUGAUUUUGAUGAGCAUUUUGACAAGUGCCUCGAUUAUCUACCACAUUACCGUACAAGUGCUGAGACUCUAAGAACUGCACUGGAAUUGGAUCCACACUCUGAUCUUGACCAAAAGCUGCGGAAACACAUAAUGAAAAACCUUUUGAAGAAGAUUGAUGAAGGCCAGCCUGUAGAGUAUGUAUCUGAAUUCCGUACGGUGACUCUGGUUUUGGUCAGCCUGGAGUUCCACAAGACAGCAUGGAUGUUGCAUUUGUGUCAUCUUAUCCAGGAGUCUGCCUUAUACAUCUCCACAGUCAUUGAGAAAGGGGGUGGCCAGCUGAGUCGGAUCUUUAUGUUUGAGAAAGGCUGCAUGUUCCUCUGUGUUUUCGGCCUUCCUGGUGAUAAGAAGCCAGACGAGUGUGCACAUGCCCUGGAGAGCUCCUUCAGCAUCUUUAGCUUCUGCUGGGAGAAUCCUGCUAAGACCAAACUUGUUUCCAUCAGUAUCACCAAUGGACCAGUAUUCUGUGGCGUGGUUGGAGCAGUAGCAAGACACGAAUAUACAGUUAUUGGUCCAAAAGUGAGUCUUGCGGCCAGAAUGAUAACUGCUUAUCCAGGUUUGGUGUCCUGUGAUGAGAUAACAUAUCUAAGAUCCAUGCUACCUGCUUACAACUUCAAGAAACUACCGGAGAAAAUGAUGAAAAACAUCUCCAACCCAGGGAAGAUAUAUGAAUAUCUUGGCCACAGAAGAUGUAUAAUGUUUGGAAAAAGACAUUUGGCAAGAAAGAGAAACAAAAAUCGCCCUUUGUUAGACCGGGAGAAAGAAUUGGAAGCCUUCCAAAUGGCACAGCAGAGGUGUUUGCACCAGAAGAAGGGACAAGCAGUUCUGUAUGAAGGUGGAAAAGGCUAUGGAAAAAGCCAGCUGUUGGCUGAAAUAAACUUCCUGACACAGAAGGAAGGGCAUAGGGUAUUGCCAUUGAUGCUGAAGGAAGCAGAUUCCAAGCAGUGCUUCUAUGCCAUCCAGACCCUCAUGGCCAUCUUCUUUGAAAUUGAUACAUGCCCAGCCUAUUACCGGCAAGAGUGCCUACAAAGACACCUUCGUGGGAUAGUGGAAGAACAACUUCACUGCCUUUUUAAUGACCUCUUAUUUGUGAAGUUUCCUUUGUCCUUCAAAGUUUCGCACAUGGAUGACGUGGCCAGACAAAAGAAGGUUAAAGCAUGUUUUAUUAAAGUACUUCAGGAGGCAGCGAGGGAAACACCACUGAUUUUCCUCAUUGAUGAGGCCCAGUAUAUGGAUGCAGCUUCCUGGGAGUUUUUGGAAACAUUGCUCUCCAGUAUGCCCAUCAUCAUGGUGAUGACGUUGACCCCUAUCUUCACCCUGUGUGGCUGGGCCCAGCAUUUCCUGCAGAGCCCUCAAGCUAUCCUUAUGCCUAUUACGAAGUUGGCAACAACCUCGCUGUUGAGAAUGGCAUGUUGGGAGCUAGGGGUGGUGAGCAUCCCCCAAGAGCUGCAGAUCUACCUUCACAGGUGCUUUGGAAAUCCCCUUUAUUGCGAGGUCCUAUGCCAGGACCUUCUCUCUAAGGACAUGUUGCUCUUUCAUGACCUACAAAAGGAGGAAGAGGAAAACAGCAAGUGGGAAACCCUCUCAGCCAAUGCCAUGAAAUCCAUAAUGUAUAGUAUGUUUCCUGCCAACUCUGAAGAAGGCCAGGAACUUUAUGUCUGCACAGUCAAGGAUGAUGUGAACUUGGAUACAGUACUUCUCCCACCCUUUCUGAAAGAAAUAGCAGUAAGCCAACUGGAUCAACUGAGCCCAGAGGAACAGUUGCUGGUCAAGUGUGCUGCAAUCAUUGGGCACUCCUUCCAUAUAGAUUUGCUGCAGCACCUCCUGCCUGGCUGGGAUAAAAAUAAGCUACUUCAGGUGUUGAGAGCUCUUGUGGAUAUACAUGUGCUCUGCUGGCCCGACAAGAGCCAAGAGCUUCCUGCUGAACCCAUAUUAGUGCCUUCCUCUAUCGACAUAAUUGAUGAAACCAAAGAGAAGAAAACAAAGUUAGAUGGUGGUUCAGCCUCUCUUCUCAGGCUAAAAGAAGAAUUAUCCCUACCUCAAACUGAGGUGUUGGAAUUUGGAGUGCCUCUACUACGGGCAGCUGCUUGGGAGCUCUGGCCCAAGGAACAACAGAUAGCUUUACACCUCGAAUGUGCCUGCUUUCUCCAAGUUUUGGCCUGCCGCUGUGGGAGCUGCCAUGGAGGAGACUUUGUCCCCUUUCACCGUUUUGCAGUUUGUUCUACUAAGAAUUCCAAGGGGACCUCUCGAUUCUGUCCUUACAGAGAUACUGGCUCAGUGCUAACACAAGUGAUCACAGAAAAAUUGCAGCUGCCUUCUCCCCAAGAUAGUUUUCCAUUCCAGAUGAAACCAUCCAGAACUCAGGAGGCCUUCUCAAGUGAAUGCUGCAGAACAGAGGAAGAGUUCCUAGAUCAAGUGAAGAGGAAGCUGGCUCAGACCAGCCCUGAGAAAGACCUGUUGACCACAAAGCCUUGUCACUGUAAGGAUAUCCUGAAGUUAGUGCUCUCACCCCUCACCCAGCAUUGCUUGGUCAUUGGAGAAACGACCUGUGCAUUUUAUUACCUGCUGGAGGCUGCGGCUGCCUCCUUGGACCUGUCAGACAAUUAUAUGGCCUUCUUUUAUUUAAGGAAGGCAAGCAGUCUUCUGGGCCAACCCUCAGCAUUUUCAUUUUUGAAAAAACACAAAGUGAAGAUCUGUCAGUUUGAGGAGGCUACUUUCUGCCGUCUUCUGUCAGAGGUCUGUUUCAACAUGGGACACAUCACUUUAGCCAAAAAAUUGGCUAGGAAAGCCCUUCGGCUGCUGAAAAGGAAUUUCCCUUGGACCUGGUUUGGUGUCCUUUUCCAGACAUUCCUGGAAAAGUAUUGGCAUCCCUGUACCCUGAGCCAACCUCCAAACAACCCUAGUGAGAAUAAGAAGAAUUUGGCAGUUCUGCAGCAGCAGUUGCAUUGCCUGUCCCUACUCUGGCAGCUCUAUAACCUGGAGGCCACAGCCAGUAGCUACAGGUUUGCCUGCCUGGCUACUCUUAUGCAGAAGAAUUCAGCCGAGGAGUUUGCAAAUGAAGCCCAGGUUGUCUCUACCUAUGUGGAGCUCUCUCAGUUCUCCCAGAGCAUGGGCAUCAAGGACAAGUGGCUGCACUGUGAGCAGAUGGCCAUUCAGAAAAGCAGUUUAUGUUGGUUCUCCAGGGAGGGAUUGUUGGCCACAGCUCAGCUCAUGCAGGCCCUGGCCUACACCAAGCUCUGCCUUGGCCAUCUUGACUUCUCCAUCAAGCUGGGUUUUCAAGCUCGUGAGAUAUGCAGACACCUCAAGAAACCAGCUCUGGAGAAUCUGGUUCUCUCAGUUCUCUUCAGAUCUGCAUUUCUGAAGAAGAAAUUUGGCCUGUGUGUCCAUGUACUGGAGAGUCAGUGGGCGCUCAUUUCUCAGGGUUAUGAUGUCCUUGGCCUGGCCUGCUUUUACUCUGCUUGCUUAGAUCUGCUGCUCUACGGAAAAGGAUUGCUGUUUCGGCCCUUUAGUGAGUGUCUGCGUUUUGUUCAAAUCUACGAGCACAGCCGUGUUCUGACCUCUCAGAGCAAUGUCAUGCUGGGGGUCCACUCCUCCCUGGCCAUGUGGUUUGCCCAGGAAUCACAGUGGGGCCUGUUUGAGCACUAUUUCUCCAAGGCUUGCCAGUUGGUGAAAAGAACCAAUGCUUCGCUAUUUGGUGCACAUGGCUUUGUCCGAUUCCUAGAGUGCCAUGUGCUAAUGUUACAGAAAAUACCAGAGGGUAUCUUCAUGCAUAUUCCUCUAGAGCUUCGCAGCCAAACCCUUGAGUACUUUAAGGAGUUCUUCUCUCGAUGUGUGACCUGCCCUGUCUAUCACCAGUGGGUAUCUGAGCUUAAGGCCUCUGUAAUGAGAUGUGAAAAGAGAGAAUUCAUGUCCCUGACUAACAGCAUCAGACCUUUUGACACUUGCUUGACCAGGAUUUGGAUAAAAGGAGAAUUUCUGCAGGAAAAUAACUCUUAGAAAAGAAAUUUAGGAAUACAGAGUAAGCAUUUCUUCCUGGAACCCUUGUGUGAGAGACAUAAAGACAGUCUCAGAUUCUUACUCAUGAGCAGUCAAAGGCUGCACUUCUGAAGUAAAAAGGGACACACAGAUGUAAGGAGUUAGUCCUUGCUCCAGAGGUAAGUAUAAUCCUCUUCCUAAUGCUAGGCCCUGCCUGGACAGAUAGGAAUCCCUUCUAUUGUUAAACAGCAAUUUCUUCAGCUUCUCUCAGCUCUUUGUUUCAGUAUUGGUAACCCUUAGGCAUAGAAAGUUCUUCCUUGCUUUUAGCCAAAGCAAUUGGGUUGUUUCCUUGGAAUAACUGGAUGGUCACUAAGGAGAGAAAAAGGUCUUAGAAGUCACAAUGUCUGUGAAGGUGAAUGAUAACAUUAGGCAAGAAAAGGAGAGGAAAGAAUAUAGUUCCUUUCCUCAGAGCCCUGCAAAUCUCCUUCUUUCCCAGGGCCGCUAUUAACUUUGUAAUUGCUGAGGACAUUCUUUGUAUUUAUCACAUUCUUUAUGUUCCUUCUUUCAGGAUUUAACAGAGUGGCUGAUGUCAAGGAGAACAAGGAUGCAGAAGAAACUCAAGAUGUAUGUGUUAAAAGAACAAUAAGCUGAAGGGACCAUGAUUCUCUUAUUGUAUAUAACACAAGGAAAUGCCC